CAUCGGCAUAUCAUUUAUCGACGCUUUCACCCACUCUCAGUCUGUGAAACUGUCAUUAACCGUGUCUGCAUAUCUAUAUCUACACACGCGCAUUCACGCAUGCUGAAUCUGAGUAGAUAAUGACAGACGCAUCGUCUCUCUCCGACAGAUAAUCAAUCUACACAAGCUGCUACCACCCAUCCACAUUCGCUUCCUUCGGUGUCUUCUUCUCGGCACUCGUCUUCGCCGUUGAAGGUGAGGAAGAGCGCUGCAAACAGAAUGCGUGUGCGAGGGGAAAUCUCUUUGCCGCGUCUCCCUUCCCCAUCCCCCAUCCUCACCGAUGGGUCUUUCUUGGAUACUUCAGUCACAUCGAUAUCGAAGUCGGCAGCGAUGUCUUCCUCCUGCUGUGGCGACAUCUGCAAUAGCGGGCUCAAACGCACGCACACACACACACGCACCUUCAUGACAUGGCCCAUGAAUGCAUGACAGUCCCUCGCUCACCCAUACUGGAAGAUUGCCUCCCCGCCUCUCCGCUUGCACUCCCUGCUCCUCUGUGAAGUAGCCCAUUCCAAAUCCCGUGGCAACGCCCAGCAGUGUCGCAGCCACCAGCACCCACGGGCUCUCUUCGAAUGCUGCCAAGGGUAGAGUUGUUGCGGCGCUCUCAGCCACCGCCAUCGAAGAACAGGGCUGUCUUGGCCUCAGCAACCUGCUUACUGCCCCUCCGGCCGGGCCUCGGCCUCGAGCAGUGAGAGGGACAGGCACAAAUGCGGUGGUGGACGUACCCUCUGCUCUCAACCCGGAAGAUCCCGCCAGGAAGACAGCCG